AUGGAUCUCCAGGGCACCAAAGAGGCCCGCACGCAGGACGAGGGUGACGGUCCGCUGGACCGCUCCAAGGAGUACCACAAAGAACGCCGCGAUUCUCACGGCCAUGAAUCUUCCGCCAAUGUACACCCUCUUCGUCGUCGCCAGGCGCCGUUUGCCUAUCCUCCAGGAACUCGUCCGACCGCCUCAAGCGCCAGGAGAGAUCCCUCGCCUUCCCCGGAAGCUAUCUGCAUUCCCCAGACUUUGGGGCUUAGCUCGCGAGACCAACGACUUCUAUGCAAGGCCAAACGCCAUCCUCCCGUCACAAAGAAAACGCUCAGUGAACUCGACCUGCCCUGUAUCAUGAGUAAUAUCAACCUUCGCAUGGAUGCCAACUUCGACCGCGACCUACAUUUCAAGCCCGACUUGGACGGUGAGAAGGGGAAGCGCAAGCGCAAAGAAGCUGCCGAUUAUUGGGACUCGAUGGCGUUGGAGAUUGCAAUUUAUGCGUUCAUGGCCGCGCAACCCGAAGGUCAGGGCGAAAGUCCUCGAGAAAAUUCUCAGCGUACAUUUGAUCCUCGUCUACCCGCCAUGUUCGAAACGCUGCAAGAGGUCAUCAAAACUCUUGUUCCGGAGCGUGAUCACCCAAGCGUGAUGCAAAACCUCGAAGUGCCUCUGCUUAUGCAGCAGAUUCGCAAGGGUGUCCUCGACAUGGUGGCGCUGGCAACUUGGAUGGCAGCACUGCUCAAAACACAUUGCGCUCCGAUGCGCGAUGAAUGGGCGGAUCGAAUGGUCGAGCAGAUCACCGAGGGAUCGCAGUCGCAAGAGCCGAAGGAAAUUGUCAACGGGUUACAAACGUUAUUCGCCAUUCUCGAGGCGAUGAAAUUGGACGUCGCUAACCACCAAAUCCGCACAUUCCGAGUUCUUCUCAUCGAAGACACAGUUCCAUUUCUUCAAGAGUAUUUCGAAGGCAAAAUCAGCCGCGGCAGCUUCCGCGUCGAGUCUGCCCAGCAAUGGUACAUCGCAUCACGAAAUAAAGCAAUCGAAGAAGACGCCACCAAAAGCCCAACCUCCCCACAGGAAGACAACAUGAAACCUUUGGAAUAUCUCUUCCGUGGGUUAACCGACCAGCUCCUCCAAUUCGCUCCACCCACCGACUUCCCCGGGACGUUCCUGUUCGACUCCGAUCGCCUCUGGCUACUUCGUUCAACCAUCCAAAACCUAAUUAACCUCGAUAUUGCCUGGUACAUCUUCGAGUCCUACGUCCACACUCAAAAACGCUACCUCUCCGCCCGCGACGAGACCUACUCCACUUUCCGCUCCCGGAUCUGGUCCUUGAUGGAAGACGGCAUGGAGCUCGACAGCCGAGCCGGCGACGCCGAGAAAGAUCUGGACGUCCGCGGCGGCGCCCGCUGGCUUCAGAACAUGCGCUGCAUUGCUCUUGAAAUCGCCCGCUUUGCCUGCGCAGCCUGCUGUCUUGACGACGUGGUCGCCGACGAGGUGAUUUCUCCCAUCGAAGCCGCACUCGUAUGGCACCUAUCCAACGAGUCCGACCUCUUCCGCUACUUCCAGAACGCCAUGCGCGACAAGGUCCUGACCGCUACUCUGGCAUCCGUGCAAAAGUACCUGCCUCUCUCCCCGCUAGCUAUCUGUGAGUCUCAACGCACCAUGCCUCAGCCUACGACGGGCCCCAGGGCGACGGCUACAGUGCAACCACUAUCACCACAGCAAUACGAUAUUGAGCGCAUAGGUAUGCGUCUCGCACAUAUCGGUGUCUUGCACUGGCGCGUAUGGGCUCCAUUGCUCUAUCUCCGCGAUGAACUCGCGGAGCAGGAGCAGGAGACGGGGCCUGCCGUGUUCGUAUAG